AUGUAUGUGAAAUGGUUUGAUACAGUAAUGUUUUACUAUGUUAUUUUAGUGUAUUGAGUGAAUGUCACAAUAUGUCAUUUUCAAAUUUCCCGCCGUUCCAACCCCGUACGUCCCGACGCUCUCAGGGGACAGAACCCAGAUGACAGAUGCCGGCAUCCGCUGGAUUACAUUACAGGAGACACUGCAGGAGGAACAUCGCGGGAGAGCAGGACAAGCUAAGUGAUCGAGGGAUCCCGGAGAAGCGCCGCAUGGUAAGCCCAAGUGUAACUCGGGGUUACCGCUUGUGCUACACUCGGGAAUACCGCCAGGGGGGU